UGGGCCUCCCGGCCCCCCCGCGUCCCCCGGCUCCGCAUUCCUGCCUCCUCCGCAGCGGAAGCCGGGGUGGGGGCAGGAGGCCGCGGAGCAGCCCAGGCCGCCUGCGCCCCAUGGCCCGGCCCCGCUCUGCCCGGCUGCACGGGGACGCGGAUGGCUUCCGGGCCGCCCUGGCCAGCCUGGUAGACAGCCCGCAGUUCAGUGACGUGACCUUCCUCGUGGGCCGGGAGAGGCGCAAGGUGUUCGCCCACCGCUGCAUCCUUGCCUGCCGCUGCCCUGGGCUCCGGGGGCUCCUGGACAGCCCCCCGCCAGCCCCUGGGGCCCCGGCGCCGGCCCCCAUCGCCCUCAGCAGCGCCCAGCCCGAAGCCUUCCUGGCCAUGCUCGAGUUCCUGUACACCAACCGCGUGCACCUCACCAGCGUCACCGCCCUGGAGGUGCUGGCCUCGUCCGUGGAGUACGGGCUGGACGACCUGCGGCAGCUGUGCGUGGAGUUCGUGAUGGGCACGCUCAGCGUGGAGACGGCCUGCGAGGCCCUGCAGGCAGCUGCGACCUGCGGGCAGGUGGAUCUGCAGCAGCGCUGCUUGGCCUUCAUCGAGGACAACACCCAGGCCGUGGUGGGCACGCGAGGCUUCCACGAGCUGUCGGAGGCGGUGCUGGUCCCGGUGCUGCGCAGCGACCGUCUGACCAUCGACGAGCCCGACCUCAUCGCCGCCGUGCGGGGCUGGGCCCGCGUCAGCGCCCAGGCGGUGUUCGGGCACCCCGUGGCAGCCGUGGCGGAGGGGCCGGCCCGGGAGCUGCGCCUGCCCCUGCUGGCACCCGGCGAGCUGGCUGCCCUGGAGAGCCAGAACCGGCAGGACCCGCUGCUGCCGAUGGAGAGCGUGGCCGAGGCUUGGCGCUGCCACGCGCUGCGGGGCAACGGGGGGGCCCGGGCGCAGCUGUGCCGUCCCCGCCGCGGCACGCGGCCCCGGGAGCACCACCUCCGCCUUGGCCUGCAGCCCCGGUGACCCGGGCGGGGAGCCCGUGGCCAGGGACCCCCUGGUUCAGCCCCGCGGGCCAGCCUCGGCUACAGCAGCGUGGGGGUGCGGCGAGGCUGUGGGUCCGGCUCAGGGCUGCGUCUGCCUCGCCACCGAGGGAGGUGGCGUGGCGCCCACGGCUCAAUAAAGCCCGUUUGCUUGGA